ACUCUGAACACAGAGAGAGCGCGCGGCGGGGCGCAGGCGCUGUGGGUGCCCGCCUGUGUUUCCCAUAAGGACUUCGAGCAUCCCCUUUUAAAGGAUAUAAAUAGCACAAUAUGACUAGUAGACACAUUUUUUGUCGAAACUAUAGCCAACCUAAGCAUAUGGUGUGCCUUACAGACCCAGGGAGAAGAGUAUAAAAGCUCAGGGAAGAGGAGCUCAGACAGGCCACCGCACCUCUCUGGAAUCGUACUGUCGCCACCGCAGCACUAAAGAAACAUCAAAAAUGGCAUUCGCUGGAAUCCUCGCUGAAGCUGACAUCGCCGCAGCCAUCCAGGGCUGUGCUGCUGCUGAGUCCUUCAACUACAAGACCUUCUUCGCCAAGGUUGGACUGAGCGCCAAGACUCCUGAGGACAUCAAGAAGGCUUUCUUUGUCAUUGACCAGGACAAGAGUGGCUUCAUUGAGGAGGAUGAGCUGAAACUGUUCCUGCAGAACUUCUCCGCUGGUGCCAGGGCUCUGACUGAUGCUGAGACCAAGGCCUUCCUCUCAGCUGGCGACAGUGACGGUGAUGGCAAAAUUGGAGUUGAUGAGUUCGCUUCCCUUGUGAAGGCUUAAGCACUCUUGGACCCUGUUUUUGGAACUUGUCUUUACUUUUGUGAAUGGCUUGUCUCCAAUAGUUAAUUUAAUUUUUUUUAUAUUUAUUUAUGAAUAUCCAGCUCUCUUUCAGUCUCCUCAAAAAAUCUAUUUAUUGUUCAUAUGUUAGGGUAUAUAAUUAUGCAAUUAUGAACCUAAACUGUGGCAAUAUGCAAUGUCUUUUGCACUUUUGAAAUAAAUUUGCAUUUGGCUUA